AUGACCAACCCGUUCUCCCACGCCGUUCCCGCCGCCGACGCCUUUCAGCUGCUGCCCGAGUCGCAGAAGACUGGCGACGCCGAAGAUGCCUUGUACGAGGCGCAGCUCAAGGAGGUUGAGGCCUGGUGGUCGUCGCCACGUUUCCAGGGCAUCAAGAGGCCCUACUCGGCCGCCGACGUCGUUUCCAAGCGCGGUACCCAGAAGAUUUCAUACCCGAGCUCCGUCAUGGCCACAAAGCUCUUUGAGCUACUCAAGGCGCGCCUGUCCAAGGGCGAGCCGGUGCACACCAUGGGCGCAAUCGACCCCGUUCAGAUGACGCAGCAAGCGCCGCACCAAGAGGUCCUCUACAUCUCCGGCUGGGCCUGCUCUUCCCUCCUCACGACCACCAACGAAGUCUCGCCCGACUUUGGCGACUACCCCUACAAUACGGUGCCUAACCAGGUCCAGCGACUCGCCAAGGCCCAGUCCAUGCACGACCGCAAGCAGUGGGACACGCGCCGCAAGCUGACGGCUCAGGAGCGUGCCUCAACCCCUUAUAUCGACUACCUGCGACCCAUCAUCGCCGACGGUGACACGGGCCACGGCGGCCUUUCUGCCGUGCUCAAGCUCGCCAAGCUCUUCGCUGAGAACGGUGCCGCCGCUGUCCAUUUUGAAGACCAGCUUCACGGCGGCAAGAAGUGCGGCCACCUUGCCGGCAAGGUGCUGGUCCCAACAGGCGAACACAUCAACAGGCUCAACGCCGCCCGCUUCCAGUGGGACGUCAUGGGCACCGAGAACCUUGUCAUUGCUCGCACCGACUCCGAGUCGGGCAAGCUCAUCUCAUCGGCUAUCGACGUGCGCGACCACGAAUUCAUUCUCGGUGUCGCCGACCCGUCCAUCGAGCCUCUCGCGGAGACCAUUCAGGCCAUGGAGGCCAAGGGCGCGUCGGGCGCCGAGAUUGAUGUUUUCGAGGCCCAGUGGGUCAAGAGCACCAAGCUCGUCACCUUUGACGAGGCUGCCGUCGCGCACAUGCGCAGCGAGGGCGUGAGCAAAGAGAGGAUUGACGAGUACCUGAACGCCACGGCCGCCGACCGCGACAUGGGCAUCACGCGUCGCCGCGCUCUCGCCUCGCACUACGCCAAGUCCCCCGUCUACUUCAACUGGGACGUGCCGCGCACGCGGGAGGGAUUUUACCACUUCAAGGCCGGUAUGCCCGCAGCGACCAAGCGCGCCAUCGCAUUCGCUCCCUACGCCGACCUCCUGUGGGUCGAGACGGGCGACCCCAACGUCGACGUCGCCACCAAGCUGGGCCGCGCUGUCCGUGACGUCCACCCGGGCAAGGGCCUCGUCUAUAACCUCUCCCCGUCGUUCAACUGGAUGGCCCACGGCUUCACGCCGGAGACGCUCAAGAGCUUCAUUUGGGACAUCGCCCGCGAGGGCUUCGUCCUGCAGCUCGUGUCGCUCGCGGGUCUGCACUCGAACGCCACCAUCUCCAACGAGCUGGCCAAGAACUUCAAGACGGAUGGCAUGAAGGCUUACGUCGAGCUCGUCCAACGUCGCGAGAAGGAGCUUGGCUGCGACGUGCUGACCCACCAGAAGUGGAGUGGCGCCAGCUACAUCGAUGGCAUCCUGGGCGCCAUCCAGAGCGGAAGCUCCAGCAGCAAGAGCAUGGGCGAGGGCAACACGGAGGGGCAAUUCAACUAG